AUGUUUGUUGAAGACAAGCUGCCUCCAAAUGCCAUUCUUAUCGAGCAUAUUCCGGGGGCUGAGCCACUAAGUCUUGGAAACUACUCGAAAUGCCGGCUGGAUGAGCUUCGGAAGAUACUCCAUGAGUUUCAUGAUAUUGGGAUCCUGCAUGGAGACCCCAAGCCGAGAAAUAUGAUGGUCUCCUCAGGUGAUCUGGACAGAGUACUGUGGAUCGACUUUGAUUCUGCGCGGGUCUUUUCAGAGGAUUCUCUUUCACCAAAGCAAGAAAAUUUGAUCAAAAAGAACGAGAUAAUGGACUAUUUUGUCGAGAAUUUGGCUUUGGAUUACGAGGAGGGCGAGAUCAAUCGUACACACUCUUACUAUUAUGAAUAG